AUGGACGGAUUGGGGGAAGCUUUGGUCUUGGACAAUGGCAGCGGCAUGUGCAAGGUCGGCUUCGCAGGUGGAGAAACGCCGCGGGCGGUUUUCCCUUCCAUCGUCGGGCGGCCGAGGGUGCGUGCGUGCAUCAUUGGCAUGGAUUAUGAGGAUACCUACAUAGGGGACGAGGCUCUGAGCAAGAAGGGCAUCCUCACUCUCAAGCACCCCAUCGAGCAUGGCAUCGUCACCAACUGGGACGACAUGGAGAAGAUCUGGCACCACAGUUUCUACAACGAGCUCCGUGUUCAACCUGAGGAACAUCCUGUGCUUCUGACGGAAGCCCCUAUGAAUCCGAAGGCUAAUCGGGAGCGCAUGACGCAGAUCAUGUUCGAGACUUUCAAUGUUCCAGCGAUGUACGUGGAAAUCCAGGCAGUGCUGUCGCUUUAUGCCUCCGGCCGCACCACGGGCAUCGUCAUGGACAGCGGCGACGGCGUGUCGCACACAGUGCCUAUCUACGAGGGCUUCGCACUUCCCCAUGCUAUCCUUCGCGUUGAUUUGGCUGGCCGUGACCUGACGCACUACAUGAUGAAGAUCAUGACUGAGCGUGGUUACUGCUUUACUACUACAGCGGAGCGUGAAAUUGUCAGAGACAUAAAGGAGAAGCUCUGCUAUGUUGCGUUGGACUUCAACAGCGACAUGAAGGUGGCCAGUGAGAGCGGCGACAAAGAAAUGACCUACGAGCUGCCCGACGGCAACAUCAUCACGCUGGGCUCGGAGCGAUUCCGAUGUCCGGAGGUCCUUUUCCAGCCCAGCCUUGUGGGCAAGGAAGCCAGCGGUAUCCACUACACCACCUUCCAGUCCAUCAUGAAGUGCGAUAUGGACAUCCGAAGGGACCUCUACACCAACAUCGUGUUGUCCGGUGGCACCACCAUGUUCCCAGGCAUGGCCGAGCGCAUGACGAAAGAACUGACGAUACUCGCUCCCCCCACUGUGAGGAUCAAGGUGGUAGCUCCCCUAGAGCGCAAGUACAGCGUAUGGAUUGGCGGUUCUAUUCUGGGCUCCCUGGACACCUUCCAGCAGAUGUGGAUUUCCAAGGAUGAAUAUGAUGAGAGCGGCCCGAACAUUGUACAUCGUAAGUGCUUCUGA